CCUGGGUGCAGAUGUAGUCACCAAGAGGCUGGAAGAUUGGGGAGAAAGCGACCAGACCCUUUGGGUAUGUUUGGAUUUAGGUGGCACCCUGGUGGCUGAGCUCUCCUCUAGACUCUGCGAUGUCAGGAGGAAGGAGGGCGGUCAGGGCCCAGGUGUCCAGGGCUUGUGUGGACUGGAAGGCCAGUGCCCCAACAGAAAGUUCCUAAUCAGAUGCUAGCAAAGAUGGGCUUCUGAGCAAACUCAGCCUGGGGUGCGGUACCCUUCAAGUGUUAAGGCAGGUUUGCUUUGUCCUCUUGUCCUACCCGUUUAAAGUAAUGAAGCUGCGAGUGUCCUUUUAUUUAGUAAGUUCAAAGCCACUUUAGACUUUUUUUUUUUGGAGAGAGAAAGUAGUAGAAAUGGCGUUUAAUUUGGGGAUUUUUUUUUUUCACAUUUAACCAUUUAAUAUGUUUGGGUUUAUGUCUAUCGAUAAUCGAUCUACUUGUUUCACAUUUUUUUUAUUGUGGUAGAUACAUAUGUGACAGAACAUUUACCAUUCCAACCUUUUGUGCAUGUGCAACUCAGCGACAGACGUUUUUGAAAGAGGCAGAAAUCACCCAGCUUCUUUUAGAGAUGGACAAUGAGCUCCCUGCGGAAGGUACCAGCAAACCCAGGGAGAACAUAGCCGUGUUCCCUUCAGCCUUGGGGGAGCAGUGCCCCGACCCCUCAGAGGGAGCUGUGCCCCCCAUUCCUCAGGGAGAGUUGUGCUUCCUGCCCUUCACAGGGAGCCGUGCCCUCCAUCCCUUAGGGGAGCCGUGCCCCCCCAUCCCUUAGGGGACCUGUGCCCCCUACCCAUCAGGGGAGCUGUGCUCCCUCCGCUUCAUGGGGAGCCACACCCCCUGCCCUUCAUGGGGAGCCACAUCCCCCGCCCUUCAUGAGGAGCUGUGUCCCCCAUCCCUCAGGGGAGCUCUGCAGUCAGGUAUGGAGUCUGAGAUGCUUGUCUCUGCUCUGUGUGGUCCUGAUGCUGUCUUGUGGGCAUGGUUGUGACCCAUUCAGGGGAUCGUGUGGGCGUGGUUGUGACCCAUUCAGGGGAUCGUGUGGGCGUGGUUGUGACCCAUUCAGGGGAUCUUGUGGGCGUGGUUGUGACCCAUUCAGGGGAUCGUGUGGACCUGGACAGUGCCUGGAGCCUCUGGCCUCUAAAGAAGCCCCAGGAGCCCGAACCCUGCACUUUCAGUCUUCACACUUGCCUGGGGAGGGGAGAGUUGACAUGCUCUCCCACAAAUACAAGGCCAGACAGGCUUGCAGACCCAGAAGUACCUUCCCACAGGAGCGAGGGUGUGGUGUGAAUCAGGAGAAGGAGGAAUGAGAAGAUGAAGAAACCAAGGUGUCAUCCUGGGGAGUGUGGUGGCCGAGGAUGUGUCCUAGGCAGGGUGCUGGGAUGCACCUGUCUCCCCGCCCUCAGGUCCUACAGGUGACGUGGGCAUCUCAAAACUCCCUGUGUGCUCUGCUUAGUGAAGGAGGUGCUGUUGCUCCCAGCUUCCUGGCUCCAAGGUGCAUCGGCCAGGGGACGGGCAGAGAGGAUGCACUCCUCAGCUGUGGGGUGAGCCCAGCUCAGGGAACACAGAGAACUCCACAAUGCUUACGAUGUCAGCAUCCUCUGCAGUCUUAUCUUGGGGUGCGAGAGUCCCCAAAUCCCCUGGGACAUUUUUGAAAGUGUAUGCACAUGGGUGUUGUCCUGGGGAGAGUUUCCCAAGUUUUCAACAAAUUCCCGUGCCACACACACACAAAAGGGCAGGCACCAGGCAUCAGUGUUCUGUGGGCUUAUUUCAGGUUUAUUCAGACUCAGGAAGAUUGGGUUUACGUUCUGUUUGUUCCCUAAGGAGUCCUGGUGGUGCAAUGGUUUAGAGCUCAGCUACCAACUGAAAGGUUGGCCGUUUGAACCCACCAGUGGCUCCGCAGGGGAAAGACCUGGAGAUCCACUUCUGUAAGAAUUACAACCUAGAAAACCCUGUGGGGCAAUUCCAUUCUGCCACUUGGGGUCACUGUGAGUCCAAAAUCUACUCGAUGGCACUUAAAAACAACAGUUCAUUUACGCUCUUUUGCCGGACCCUCCAGUCCCACCCAAAGCCCUAUUUAACGUUGGGGUGGCUGGCAUUCUAAGCAAUGUUUACUUUUCUACCUGUUCUCUUGAUCAGUGCUUUCUUCAUCUGUGUCUAAGAUGUGAAUAGUAAGAAUUCACUGUUGUGUAAGAGUUACAGGUGGCAAAUCUUCCUGUGAGAACUUUAUUAAAUAAGAGAAAGUUAAAGAAGGUGUCCAGUGUGCUGAGUGGGCGACUAGUUCUUCCUGGCUGGUAAGUUCUGUGGUGAGUGGCAGACUUUUCUUGUGUUUUGGGAGUUCUGAGUAACUUCAUGAAGGUGCUGUUUCCUGUGAUUUGAAGUGACUGCUGCUGCCCAUAUUCCCAUUUGUAAGUUUUGACUUCUGAAGGGAAACCAAGGGAGUUGGUUGGUAUACGUGAAACUAUAAAAACCAAACCUGAUGCUGUUGAGUGCAUUCUGAACUCAUAGCGACCCUGUAGGACAAAGUAAAACUGUCCCACUGGGUUUCCAAGGAGCUUCAAACUGCCGACCUUUUGGUUAGCACCCAAGCUCUUAACCACUUCGCCACCAGGGCACUUAUUAAGCAAUAGCUGAUGUUCUUAUCCAAAGGGAAUGGACAUUUUAGCAUUAAUACCACUCUUUGUACUUUAAAUAGUUAACGGUGUGCCUAAUUAUUAUAUAUUCUCAUUUUUGCUUCCCUUUUUUGGUUUUACAUGGGUAACUCCCAAAAAUAGGAAUUUUACCUAUUUCUCCAUGAGGAUAUACUUAUUGUUGGUUGCCUAUAGUGAUAAUGGAAACCUGUGUCUGUAUUAUUUCAUUGCUUUUGUUUUACUCUGUAUGAGGACUUUUUUUCUUUAACCUCAGAGUGUUUUGGGGAACUUUCCAGAAGUACCAACUGACCUGCUGGCCAGCUGAGCAGAGUGGCUUUAACACUGGCUAUGUUUGACUUUUCCAUUUUUUCUUGUGUUGCUGGCAAAAUGAGACAAGAGCAAGGAGUUAAAAGGUGACACUGCUUUGUCCUUUUUAGUUAAAGGUGGUUUAGCGGUUGUUUAUGGAAAUUCCAUUGGACAAAACAGUAAACAUCUUGGGGUAUCGAAAAGUUAUAUUUUUAACUCCCUUGCACCUCCUCUUCUGGUCAGCUUCUCUGCUGCUAUUGUUUUGCUUUUUUUCAGCAUCCACAGAGGUGCAGCUCAGGCCUCCAGGAUUUUGCUGUGGACCUCUGGAGGCCACUGGGCAGGGCUUGGUUAUUCAGGACACCAUCGCACAGUGCUUCCGGGGGCCAGGGGGCUCUUGGGGAUGGGGCAUUGCUGUCCCCUUUUCUCACCUCUUCUCACACUCAGGAUACCUCCCAACCCCUGGACAAAGGCCUUGACUCCACAGGCAGCUGGGCUGAGGUACAGACCCCUCUGCAGAUUCCCCGGGUCUCAGCCAGGUGGCCAGCGGAGUUCGCUCUCAGCCUGGAACUGCCAGUCCCUUGGAACUUCCUAAAACGUUGAAACCACGGUCUGUGUAGGAUUGGACACCAGAUUAAAUUCAGUUUACAGCAUUUGCAUCCUUUAAUUACACAUGUUCCCAAUUCUGUAAAAGUUACAUCAUUCUUUUAUAAUCUAAUUGUAUUUUAAAAGGUAUUUGGGAGUUUUCAAAUGUAUGCAGAGUUAGAGGACAUGUCUCCUCGAGUGGAUCCUGCUCUUCUUGUUUGUUUUCUCUCCUUCAGUUUCUUUUUUUCCAGAGCGUUUAAAGCAAAUCGGACGUUUCACUCUGCCUUUGAGUACUUUACUUGGUGUACUAGUUUUCUGGGGCUGCUCUAACAAAGUACCACAAAUGUAGGGGGGUUGCUUCUAAGUACAGGAGUGUGUUCUCUCUGAGUUCUGGAGGUAGAAGUCCAAAUUCAGGGCAUCCGCAGGCCGUGGUCCCUCCAAGGCUCUAGGGGAGGAUCCUCCCUCCUUUCUUCUGGCUUCUGGUGGCCUCAGGGGCUCCUUGGCUUGUGGCAGCAGCAUCACUCCAUCUUCAUGUGGCUGUCUUCCCCGUCUGUCCCUGUGUCUCUUCUCUCUUACAAGGAUACCACUCAGAUGGGAUUAGGACCACCCCAUUCCAGUGCUACCUCAUGUUAACUGAUAGCAUCUGUGGAGACCCUAUUUCUAAACAAGGCCAUGCUCACAGGGGCGAAGAGUUAGGGUUAUCUGUCCAGCGCUCCAUCGAGGAAUUUCCUUUUGCUCCUCAGAUGUCAAUGUUGAGGAGGUCUUGGCUUGGUCCUCUGGAAGGAUGGUGGGUCUUGGGGGAGGAAAGGAAGGCACAGUCUGUUCUUCUCAGCCACUCUGUAGUAGCUCUAAGGUUUUAGGUGUGCUGGUGGCUCCCGGGACAGCUGGAGGGUGAGAGGGCAAGGGGGCCUGGGAGGGCCCUGGGAAGGCAGCCUCCAUGUCACUUGGUCCCCAUUCCACUGCAGCCCCACGUCCACCCAGCAUUCUCCCACUGUGACCACAUCCAUCCACGUCCACCCAGCAUUCUCCCACUGUGGCCAUGUCGACCCACAUCCACCUAGCAUUUUCCCAUUGUGGCCACAUCCACCCACGUCCACCCAGCAUUCUCCCACUGUGGCCACAUCCACCCACGCCCACCCCACGGCAGCCCCUUACCCUGUGGGGACGUGGAGUUCACGCUCCUCCUGUGGGGUGCUGGGACCUGGGGCAGAGCCAGAAGGAACCGACACGGACACACCGAGGCUCCAGUGCAGCCGAGGGAGACGAGUGUGAGUUGCUGGGUCUGACCUGGAUGAUGGUGCCCACCGCCUUCCUGUACCCGAUCCCAGCACGGGGGCGUGUGUCUAAUUUCUGUACCUUAUCAUAAGGAGCCUGCUUUGGAGGAAAGGGUGUUUGAGCGGAUGUGCUGGAACUAUGUGAGCUAGCCUGUGCCUCGGUGGGGUACCCCUGCAACUCAUGGGGGACUAUGCCCUGAGCCCCACUGGGGGACCCUGCCACAUGCACCCUGGGGGACCACACCCCACACGCUGCCGGGGGACUCUGUGAGUACAGACCACACCCCACACGCUGCCGGGGGGCUCUGUGAGUGCAGUCGGCUGCAGUCUCUGCUCCAGUUUCGCCUGGUCUGUUUCUGGGCGCCUGCACAGUUGUUGCUUUUAGCACCCCUGUAGCUGGUUUUGUUUGGUCCUAACAUGUCAUGGUCUCAUCUUCUAGUUGUUGGGCAUUUGGUUGUUUCUUACUUUUCACCACAACAAUGGCAAGGGCAGGAACACCUCUGAGCACAUUUCCUUUUGGAUUACUUCCUUGGAGCAGAGUCACAAAAGUAGAAGCAGGGGUCCAGAAGAUAGGCACUCGGAAAGCUCUGUCUGUGAUGCGGGCUGGGUUCCGGAAAAACGGCCCCCACCUGCCCACCCCUGCCUGGCACUGUUGCCUUUGAGUAUUUAUGACUUUAAGUUAGUUUCUGCCAGUUUCGUACGCUCAGGUUUUUCUCUGAGAUCUUGUCUCAGGGUCACUUGGUUUUUUUUUUUUUUUUUAGGCCCUGGCCAGAAACGUUUAAAACGUCAGCAUUUAAGUUAAACUUAACUGCAGCUGUAGGAUUAAUUUUGGCUUUACAAGGAGGUGAGAAGGGGCGAUGGGGCCCAUUUAGGGGUCACCCAGCACCCCUGGCUAAGACAACGCAACGAUUGCCAGUGACAGGCGUCUGGUGCCCGUUUUUUCCCCCCACAGGGUCCAGUGGAGGGCCGUGGUGAGAACCCUGUCCUCUAGGGCUGCUUACUGGUCUGUGUAGCCCAGACCCGUGAUGGCUCUCUUGCUCCCAUGGUCACCACACGGGUGCACAGGAGACACAGUGUUCGUCCCGCAGACAUUUGCCACAGCUGCUGUUCUGCACAGGUUGAGGAUGAGGAACCCUAUGGCAGCAGCCUGGGCUUUUCUGUGGCUGUGGCCAGGCGGUCAGGUGGGUGGGCGGGUGACCCCCCCCCCGCCCCCAGGGCCUGAGAACUUGUCCUCCUCUGCUUGGACCAAGCCUGCACUUUGAAAAAAAAUGUGGUGAAAUUUCUAUCACACGCUCUUUACUGUUGUAGCCAUUUUUAAGUUGCAGUUCACUGGCAUUCAUUCCAUUCACUGUGCUGUGCACACCCCCCCAUCCAUUUCCAGAGUCUUCACCCCAAACACACCCUGUGCCACGGAAUGCCUGUACCUUUGUGCCCAUUCCAGGUCAGGUCUCGCAUGACACCACGUGUGCUCUGAAGCCUGGUUGGUAAAGCCAUCUGGGGCCCUGGCCUUGCCUAUCGUGGGUCCCGCAGCCGGGAGUGACCCUGCCCCAACUCUUGUGGUCAGUUUACAAGUGUCUGUUUGAGUCCUUGCUUUCAAGUCUCUGGGGUACAUACCAAGGGGCAGCAUUGCUGGGUCACGUGGUAGUUGAACUGCCAAACUGUUUCCCAAGCAGCUUCACCAUUUUGCAUUCUCACCAGCAAUGGGUGACAGUUUCCAUUUUUCCACAUCCUCACCAACACUUGUUGGUUAUGAACUGAAGUUUUAGUGCUAAGACCUGUGGAAUUUUACCCCUCCAAUUUAAGGAUGGAAGAGUCUGUUCAGUCGCUCUACACGUCUUCACUGCACGCCUCCUGGGAGCCCCUGCGGAAGGAUGGGCAGGCAGAGCCUCAGCUUAGAUGGGUGUUUGGGAGGGGGCCUUGGUCCGCAGGUGCACAGGAGGAGGGCCUGACCUCAGCUGACAUCCCAGCAGGUAGUGGGAGGCUGAGAAGGGGCUGCAGGAGGCUCUGGGUUUGUGAGCUGGGCCAGAGCUCAAGGAACUGAAAAAGGGCAGAGAGCAAGCACACGAGGGAAAGAGCAGUCAGGCUGCAGGGUGGGCAGGGCAGGCUGGCAGAGCCUGGCCAACUCAGGGCAGCGGCAGGGAGAGAGGCAGUUGAUCGGGGUCUAGCAGAUGGUACCCCAGCAGGCAGAGGCAGUGGGGGUUCAGUGGUAGAAUUCUCACCUCCUGAGCAAAAGACUGGGUUUGAUUCCCAGCUAAUACACCGUAUGCACAGCCACUACCCAUCUCUCGCUGGAAGCUGCAUGUUGCUAUGAAGGUGAACAGGUUUUAGCGGCGCUUCUGGACUAAGACGGACUAGGAAGAAAGGCCUAGUGGUCUGCUUAAAAAAUCAGCUGAUGAAAACCUCAUGGAUCACUUCCUAGUCCGAUCAUGGGGAUGGGGCAGGACCAGGCGGAGUGCUGCCCGCUGUACACGGGGUCACGGGCCAGGGCCAGCUCACUGGCAUCUAACAACAACAGUCAACUUUAUUAACGAGUAAUUCAGUCAACCAGCUGCACUCAUUUAAAGAGUAAAAUCUGGUGAGUUCAGACAGGUGUCUACACCCAUGAAGCUACCUGCAGAAUCAGGAUCCAGAGCACACCCUUCACCCCAAAAAUGCCCUUGUGGCCCUUUAUAGUACCCCCUCUGCCUCCACCCCCUGGCAACUGCUGAUCUGCCUCUGUCGAUACCGGUUAGUCGGUAUUUUCUAAAAUUUCUCCUGAAGGGAAUCACGUGCUUCCUCGUGUGGGAAAGGUGAGAGGAGGUGCCCAGUGUGUUAUCUAGCUUCUUGCACGCAGCACAGAUUCAUACGUGUUGUUUGGUGGACAUGACUUACUGAGUAGGGUGGGGGGGCGGCUCUGUGGGGAAGCCUUUUUCAAGGCUGCAUGGAUUUCUUUUCAUUGCUGAGCUAUAUCCAUUAUUUAGGUAGACUCCACUUUGUUUGUUUACUCACCUGUUCAUUGGACAUUUGGGGUGUUUCCAGAUUUUGACUAUCAUGCAUAAAGCUGCAACGAACAUCUCUGUAUAAGUCUUUGGUGGGCGUGUAUUUUCAUUUUUCUUGGGAUAGACUUAGCAGUGGAACAGUUGGGUCACAUGGGAGGUGUAUGUUUAUCCUCGUAAGCUACUGCCGAGCUGUUUCCCAAAGUGGCUGUACCACUUUACAUUUCCGUCAGCAUGUAUGAGGGUUCUACUUGCCCCACGUCCUUGACAGGACUUGUUAUUGUCAUUCUUUUUAAUUUUAACCACCGGGUAGGUGUGAAGUGGUAUCUCAUUGUGGUUUAAAUUUGCAUUUCCCUAGUGACUAAUGAUGUUGAGCAUCUUUUCAUGUUUGGCCAUCCAUAUAUCUUUCUUAUGACGUGUCCGUUCAAAAUGUUUGCCCAUUUUUAAUAUUUAACCAAAAUAAUAAUAAAGAGCAGCUUUGAGCAGUAGGACCAACUUGCCUUGUGGGGCCCAGGGAGCUGCUUGGCCAUCCGUGACCAGAAUUGGAAGAGUUUGGCUCUAAAGCUAAUGACAUCUUGCUUGCUUCCACAUUAAAAGGAUUGUCUGUUAGAUUAAAUUUUAAGAACAUUUUUAAAUAACAAGCGUAAGUUAAGUAUAACCAAGAUGCAGAAGCUGUGUCAAAGGCAAAAACGGAGGUGAGGUACGGAUGUGGUAAGACAGAUUUGAGUUGAUGUUUGAGAAAGACAUUCCUGUUUUAAGAGUUGGUGAUGUUCCAAAGAGCCAGACUUUUCUGUAAAGGCAGGGAGAAGUGCGGAGGCAGGGUGUCGGCUGGUCCUGCAGCUGCCCACCCUCGGCCCGGCCAGUAGGGGGAGUCCCGAGGCCACAGCGCAGCAUCCACCCUGGUCAGUUCGCAGGACCUGAUGUUUAUCUGGAUACAGCAGGGACACAAGGUCCAAAUUACUUCAGUUCUUUGACAUUUUUGUUAGAACAAAUAGCUUCUAGUAUAGCUCCUUAGGGACAAAGGCAGGGAAAAAGCCACCCUGCUCCUCCUCUUGUACUUUGAACACACGAUGCAGCGAAUGAAAUCUGUUGGCGGCGGUCUCCGAUCUCAUGGUUCUUGUGCAUUCUAAGACUCGGUGAUUUCCGUGCCUUUCCCACGAAGCACCAAUAGUCACAUGCGGGUGUGGGGUUGAGUAGUGAACGGACAUUUUCAGUAGCGUCGCUUCUGUUUAUAGUCUCCAAAAAUAGCUUUACAUUUGCUGUCCCGUUACCAUCAGACAUUGGAAGGAGAACCUUCUUGGAAUGUGCCCUGUUAUGUCCCAGAUGACCUCGUGUGGUUGGAAUGUUGAGGGGUCAGUUCAGUUUAAAUGAUGAGUCUAAAGACGUCAGCUGCCCCUUUCUCUAUGGCAUCACCUGACACGCACGUUGUCCCCAGGGACAGUCAGACAGGUUCCUCACUCAGAGGGGGCUGACUGGAGCAGAGCGCUGGUGGUUCAGGUUGCAGGGUGGCCUGUGUCACUGGGGACCUCAGCCCCAUGUCCUUUUUCCCUGGAUUGCCGUGCUGAUGUUAACAGCAAUCAUUUGGAGCCCCCAUGGGGCAGAAGACACAUGCGUCUUCCUGGGCUUUGUGGUCCCGAACGGUCGGUUUUGGAGCUAGGCUCCAUGCUGGCUCAUUUUGAGGCCAUCGGUAGGCAUUUGGCAUCUUUGAGCUUCAGAUCCCUGCCUGCACUGUAGGGAUGACCUUCACUCUUUCCAGGGGCUGCCGGGAUUUGAAGUGCCUCGGUGCCUGGGCCCAGCUGCAGCCCUCCUGCCACCCAGGCCCCCUUGGUCCUGAAUAUGUGGUUCCCUGUGGCUGGGGUGGGUGAUGGCACCUCCCAGCCUUGCUUGGGGAGGUGACCUGUUGUUGGAGGUUCUGAUCCUGGGAUGUGGAUUCAGGCUGUCCUGGUCCCAAAGCAGUUGUGCUGAAGUCUGUUUCCCAAGUGAUCCUGUUUGCAGUUGAAGUAUCUUGAGAUUUGUUGUCGUGUGCUGUUGAGUCAGUUCCAACUUACAGAGGCCACAUGUGACAGAGCAGGACUGCCCCAGGGGGCUUCCUAAGCGGUAAUCUUACAGGAGCAGAUUGCCGGAUCUUUUCUCCUGUGAAGCAGCGGCAAGUGGGUUCAAACUGCUGACCUCUUGGUUAGCAGCGAAGUGCUUUACCCAUCGCACCACAGGGCUCCUAUCUUGAGAUUGUUGUUAGGUGUCGUUAAGUCAAUUCCAACGCGUAGAGAGAGACCCUGUGUACAACAGGACAAAACACCAUCUAGUCCUGCACCGUCCUCACAGUCGUUCUGUGCUUGAGCCCGUUGUUGUAGCCACUCUGUCAGUCUGUCAUGUUGAGGGUCUUCCUCUCUUUUGCUGACCCUCUACUUUACCAAGCAUGAUGUCCUUCUCCAGGGACUGGUCCCUUCUGGUGACAUGUCCAAAGUACUUGAGACAAAGUCUCGCCAUUCUCCCUUCUAAGGAGCUUUCUGGCAGUACUUCUUCCAAGACAGAUUUGUUCAUUCUUUUGGCAGUCCAAGGCCUAUUCAAAGGCGUCAGUUCUUCUUCGGUCUUCCUUAUUCAUUGUCCAGCUCUCCCAUGCGUAUGAGGCAACUGAAAAUACCAUGGCUGGGGUCAGGCUCACCUUAGUCCUCAAAGUGACAUCUUUGCUUUUGAACACUUUAAAGAGGUCUUUUGCAGCAGAUUUGCCCAAUGCAACACAGCAUUUGAUUUUUUAACCGCUGCUUCCAUGGGCAUUGAUUGUGGAUCCAAAUAAAAUGAAUCCUUGGCAACUUCAAUCGUUUCCCUGUUUUUUAUGAUGUUGCUUAUAGGUCCAUUUGUGAGGAUUUUUGUUUUCUUGAUGUUGAGGUGUAAUCCAUACUGAAGGCUCUGGUCUUUGAUCUUCAUCAGUAAGGGCUUCAGAUUCUCUUCACUUUCAGCAAGGUUGUGUCAUCUGCAUAUCACAGGUUCUUACUGAGUCUUCCUAAGCCUGAUGCUGCAUUCUUCUUCAUAUAGUCCAGCUUCUUGGAUUAUUUGCUUAGCAUACAGAUUGAAUAAAUAUGGUGAAAGGAUACAGCCCUGAUUCACACGUUUCCUGAUUUUAAACCAUGCAGUAUCCCCUUGUUCUAUUCAAACAACUGGCUCUUAGUCUAGCUACAGGUUCCUCAUGAGCACAAUUAAGUAUUUUGGAAUUCCCAUUCUUCAAAAUAUUACCCAUAAUUUGUUAUGAUCCAUAUAGUUGAAUGCCUUUGUGUAGUCAGUAAAACACAGGUAAACAUCUUUUUGAUAUUCUCUGCUUUCCGCCAAGAUCCAUCUGACAUCAGCAAUGAUAUCCCUCAUUCCAAGUCCUCUUCUAAAUCCGGUUGAAUUUCUGGCAGUUCCCUGUAAAUGUACUGCUGCAACUGUUUUUGAAUGAUCUUUAGCAAAAUUUUACUUGUGGGGGUUAUUAAUGAUAUUGUUUAAUAAUGUCCACAUUCUGUUUGACCACCUUUCUUUGGAAUGGGCACGUAUAUGGAUCUCCUCCGGUCAGUUGGCCAGGUAGCUGUCUUCCAAAUUUCUUGGCAUAGACGAGUGAGCGCUCCCAGCAUUGCAUCUGUUUUUUGAAAUAUCUCAUUUGGUAUUCCAUCAACUCCUGGAGCCUUGUUUUUCACCAGUGCCUUCAGUGCAGCUUGGACUACUUCCUUCAAUACCAUCGGUUCCAGAUCAUAUGCUACCUGACAUGGUUGAAUAUCGACCAAUUCUUUUCAGUAUGGUGACUCUGUAUUCCCUCCAUCUUCUUUUGAUGCUUCCUGUGUCAUUUAAUAUUUCCCCCAGAGAAUCCUUCAGUACUGCAACUCGAGGCUUGAAUUUUUCCUUUAGUUCUUUCAGCUUGAGAAAUGCCGAGUGUGUUCUUCCCUUUUGAUUUUCUAACUCCAGAUCUUUGCACAUGUCAUUAUAAUACCGUCUUCUCAAGCUGCCCUUUGAAAUCUUCUGUUCAACUCUUUUACUUUGUCCUUUCCUCCAUUUGCUUUAGCUGCUGUACAUUCAAGAGCGGGUUUCAGAGUCUCUUUUGACAUCCGUUUUCGUCUUUUCUUUCUUUCCUGUCUUUUUAAUGACCUUUUGCUUUCUUCAUGUAUGAUGUCCUUGAUGUCAUCCCAAAACUCUUCUGGUCUUAAGUCAAUGUUCAAUGAGUCAAAUCUAUUCUUGAGAUGGUCUCUAGAUUUAGGUGGGAUAUACUCAAGGUCAUACUUUGGCUCUUGUGGACUUGUUGUAAUUUUCUUCGGCUUCAGCUUGAACUUGCAUGUGAGCAAUUGAUGGUCUGUUCCGCAGUCAGCCCCUGGCCUUGUUUUCACUGGCGAUAUGGAGCUUCUUCAUCAUCUCUUUUCAGAGGCGGCCAAUUUGAUUCCUGUGUAUUCCAUGUGGUGUGGUCCAUGUGUAUAGUCACCGUUUAUGUUGUUGAAAAAAGAUACUUGCAAUGAAUAAGCCAUCGGUCUUGCAAAAUUCUAUCCUGUGAUUUUUGGCAUUGUUUCUGUCACCAAGGCCGUAUUUUCCAACCAUCAAUCCUUCUUUGUUUCCAACUUUUGCACCAAUAAUUAUCAAUGCAUCUUGAGUGCAUGGUUGAUCAGUUUCAGACUGCAGAAGUUGGUAAAAAUCUUCAAUUUUCCUCAUUUUGGCAUGAGCGGCUGGUGCGUAAAUUUGAAGAAUAGUCGUGUUAGCUGGUCUUCCUUGUGGGCGCUUGGAUGUUAUCCCGUCACUGACAAGGUCGUACUUCAGGAUAGAUCUAAAGUGUUCUUUUUGAAGAUGAAUGUGAUGCCAUCCCUCUUCACUUUAUCCCUCUUGACAUAGUAAACCAUACGAUUGUCAGAUUCAGAAUGGCCAAUACCAGUCCAUUUCAGCUCGCUAACGCCUAGGGUAUUGAUCUCUGCGUGUCCCAUUUAGUAUUUGAUGAUUGCCAGUUUUCCUAGACUCAUACUUUGUACAUUCCACGUUCUGAUUAUUAAGGGGUAUGCAGCUGUUUCUUCUCAUUUUGAGUUGUGCCACAUCAGGAAACAAAGGCCCCGAAAGCUUGACUCUAUUCAGGUCUUUAAGGUCGACUAUUCUUUGAGGAGGCAGCUCUUCCCCGGUCGUGUUUUGAGUGCCUUCCAACCCGAGGGGCUCACUUCUGGCACUAUAUCAGACAAUGUUCUGCUGCUAUUCAUAAGGUUUUCACUGGCCAAUUUUUUCAGAAGCAGACCGCCAGAUCCUUCUUCCUUGUCUGUCUUAUUCUGGAUGCUCUGCUGAAACCUGCCCACCAUGAGUGACUCUGCUGGUACUUGAAAUACUGGAAACAUAGCUUCCAACACACAAGCCACCACAGUACAACAAGCUGACAGGCGAGUGGUGGAUCUUGAGGUUAACGAACUAUAAACAAAAUAAGUACUAGAGAACCUACAGAAGAAAUACAUACAACACAGAGGUGGUGUUUGGACAAAAAAACCCAGAGCAAUGGUAGGUCUUGUAUAACCUUUGUGUCGUCUCAGAAAUCAGUGUGCUGAUAGAUACCCCCAUUGGCUCCCCUUGGUCUCACUCCCUAGCACCACUAUGAACAGGAGGUGCCCACACAUGGCCUUCUGAAUAUGCAGAAGUGCCUGUGAGCCUGUAUAGCAGAUAAUUCGAAAAUGAAGGAAAUACCUGUUCAAAGGUGUGUGUCCUGUGAGCAGGUGUGUGUCUGUGAACAUAUGUGUAUUCUGUGGACAGGUGUGCUUCAUGUGAGCAAGUGUGCAUCUGUGAAAAGGUGGGCAUCCUGUGAGCAGAUGUGCAUCCUAUGAACAGGUUUGUGACCUGUGAGCAGGCGUGUGUGGGUGAGUGGGUGCCCUGUGAACAGGUGUGUGUGUGUUAGCAGGUAUGCGUCUGGGAGCAGGUGUGCAUUCUAUGGGCAGGUGUGUACCCUGUAGGCAGAUGUGUGCCUGUGAGCAGGCGUGCAUCUGUGACCAGGUGCUCGUCUGUGAGCAGAUGUGUGUCCAUUAGACUGUAUGCUUCACCAGGGCAAGAAGGUGUCGUUCCGUCGUUUGCCUCAAAGAAAAAAGUCAUGAGUGUGCUUUAGUCUCACGUCUCUCUCCUACUUGUCAAACCAGUGUGUGAUAUGACCGGCCACACUGCCCAGGAUGUUUCCGUUUUUAGGACUCAGCUGCCAAAAAGCAGCUGGGAGGCAGCCCCUCUGCAGCCACUCUGCCGCGGCGUGGGCGACCUGGCCUCCCUGGGCGCCCUACAGAUAGGACAUCGUGGAGCCUGAAACUGAAACAUCCUCUUAAGACUCCCCCAGGCUUGGAGGAGGCCGUUACCCUUGACACCCCCAGCAGAGGAGCGGCUCUUAGGUGCCCACUUCCUUUUCUUUCUAAGUGUACAACGAACUUUUUUUCUCGAAUGAGAAUUUUAUCAUUUUUUCAUUACAAAAUCUGUAUGAAAUAUGUAACUGAUUUUUAAGUGGCCAUGGUUGGAUAAUUAUUCAGAACUUUCAAUUUUAGUCGAAAUUAUUUUAGAAGCACAAAUCCUGUGAGGUCGUCAUUAUGUCUGUAAAGUGUUACUGCUUUUCCUUUUUGUUGUCCCUCUGGCUGUUAAAGGAUCUGUUUUACUGACCAGUAAAGAGACUUCUUAUCCAACAGGGAAUCAAGUAACCAGAUGGUCAGCUUCCUAGUGCUACUACAGCCUGAAGCUUGGGAGAUGCCCCCUCAGAUUGCCAUUUGCGCAUGGGCUUGGAUAUUAAGUUGAUGCUUUGCUUUUAAAUGACGAUAUUUUCCUCAGUUUAAAGUGUACUUCAGCCCCCUCCCUCAGCUCUGGUUGUCUGGGCACCUUGAGGCUACCUGGUAAGGCUGCACCUUGUUUGAACGCCUGUCUCCCCCAGAAGGUCCGUACACUCAGCGGUGGGCCCCAGGGGGCUCCAGCCACAGGGUCUGUGAGCACAGCCCCUCCCACUGCCUGGGUAGAAACGGCUUUCUUCUCCACUUUGGGGAUAGACACCUGCGCCCACAGGGGUUGGAGCAAGAGGCAUGUCCUCACCCUGUCUCCCGGCUGGGAGGCCGCGGGGUUGGAUCUGGUUUUGUCCUUGGCUGUGGCCCCAGCUCCCGGCCCUGCCUGGUGCAGGGGGUGCCCGGGUUCAGAUCUAGCACACUUGGUGUUGUGGGUCCAGGCCCCCAGGUCCCCGACCCUCUGGUGGUUGUCCUGCCAUCACAUCCAUGUCCACAGCCGAAAAGACGCUGAGGAGGAGGAGGGGCUGGCAUGGCCCCUGGAACACAUGGUGUACCAGCUGCAAGGGAGGCUGGGAAAUUCCCACCAUCGCAGGCAGUGACAGACCAGCCCUUACACGAGUGGAGGAGGGAGUGGGGCUGCAGCUCCUGUGCCAUACCUAGUAGUAACGGACGACUGCUUCCCCACAGGGCAUUUUGAAGACUGUUUCAGGGAAUGUUUGCUUGAACAUAUCUUGUACCAAUGAAGGUCUGCAUGUUCGUCGUAACAACACUGAAUUUAAAAAGACACAAAUGCGAUCUCCUCUGGCCCUCGAGGUGGCCGCACAUAAUAGCAGCUCAGGGCGACUCUUCAUGGGGAGAACACGGACCUCCCGUGUUCGACUGGACUCACUGAGUUUUUCCUACUGAACCUAUUUUAGCGUUUCAGUGCCCUCUAUGGCUUGACUAUCAGGUGGGAACGUAGAGCAUUUAAUAGGGCAGGACGGUGCCUCAUCAGCUUAUCUUUCUGGGGCAGCAGCGAGAAACAGAGGGAGGCCAAAAACGGUUCUAUGAUCCAGUCCAGUAGGUGCACAGGGGUUAGGGGGAGAGCUAUGGAAAAAGAUUCCGGAGUGUUCUGAGAUUCUGUAAAACAGUGCCCACCACUGGCAUCUGGGAGUUGUAAUUCCUUUUUCGAUGCUUCCCGGGUGUGGACCUUCCCAGGGGCUGGGCUGAUUGCCCGGUCCCACAGGUUUGAGCGACGAGCCUCUUGGGAGCUGGUUCCGCUCAGAUUUGGGGAUGUUUUUAGGGGCUACCAGUGUUUGCUAUAACUCUCACUGCCGUGUGGGCUCAGCAUGGGAAUUUGUUUUUUAAGGGAUGAAGGCCCCCACUUGGGUUAUUUCAUCUUGGUUUUCAGCUCGGGCAGGAAAGUCAUACUACUGACAGGUGUCUUCAUGAUUCUGGGGGACUUGCUUCUUGCCUGGGAUCUGGGUGCUGUGUGUGAAUUUAGUGUGCAGCUCCAGUUGUGGACGUGGGGGGCUUCGAGCUCCAGAGUGUCAUGCGGCACACACUUGGGAAUCCGCCUGCAUGCCAUGCCAUCCGGCGUUUGCUGCCAUGUGUUCUUCGGUUGCCCCUUUCUGCUCCCUGUUGUAGAUGACGACACAGGCAUUUCUUGGUGUACAGCUGGAGUCCAGACUGCGCAGACCCCGACCCACCAUCACGAGCUGCCGGUGGCGGUGGAGACGGCUGAGAGUCUGUAGGAGUGGAGGUCCCUGGUGUCCCGAUGAACAACCAGAAGGAAGACAUGGAGAUCGCAUCCCACUACCGGCACCUGCUGCGUGAGCUCAAUGAGCAGAGGCACCACGGCAUCCUGUGCGACGUCUGUGUCGUCGUCGAGGGCAAGGUCUUCAAGGCACACAAGAACGUGCUUCUCGGGAGUAGCCGCUACUUCAAGACGCUCUACUGCCAGGUACAGAAGACGUCUGACCAGGCCACGGUCACCCACCUAGAUAUCGUCACGGCCCAGGGCUUCAAGGCCAUCAUUGACUUCAUGUACUCAGCCCACCUGGCACUGACCAGCAGGAACGUCAUUGAGGUCAUGUCUGCUGCCAGCUUCCUGCAGAUGACGGACAUCGUGCAGGCAUGCCACGACUUCAUCAAGGCGGCACUGGACAUCAGCAUCAAGGCCGAUGCCUCUGAUGAGCUCGUCGACUUCGAGGUUGGCGCGCCCUCCAGCAGCAGCGCUGACGCGCUCAUCUCUGCAGUGAUGGCCGGCAGGAGCAUCUCCCCGUGGCUGGCACGGCGCACGAGUCCUGCCAACUCCUCAGGGGACUCGGCCAUCGCCAGCUGCCAUGAAGGUGGGAGCAGCUAUGGGAAAGAGGACCCAGAACCGAGGGCCGAUGGCCAGGACGACGUGUCCACGCCGCCAUUGUGGCCUGGGGACAUGGGCUAUACGCCUUUGCGGGUCAAGGAGGAGCAGGUAUCACCGUCUCAUUAUGAAGGGAGGGAGCUGCCCUUGGGCAAGGACAAUGUGCUGCAGGGCGCCUUCUCAGAGCAGGGCGGCGGGGACAGCUGGCAGCCCACUGGCCGCAGGAAGAACCGGAAGAACAAGGAGACCGUCCGUCAUAUCACACAGCAGGUGGAGGCCGACAGCAGGGCUGGCUCACCAGUGCCAUCCUUCUUGCCAACCUCGGGCUGGCCGUUCAGCAGCCGUGAUGCAAAUGCUGAUCUGACCCUGACUGAAGCCAGCAGCUCGGACAGCCGCGGGGAGAGGGCUGAGCUGUUCGCACACGCCGACGAGAGCCUGCUGGGUGGCGAGGCCAACUACCUGGGUGCGACCCUUACCCCGGAGAAGGACGAGGCGCUGCACCAGGCCGCAGCUGUGGCCAACCUGCGGGCGGCACUCGUGAGCAAGAACAGCCUGCUGUCCCUCAAGGCGGACGUGCUGGGUGACGACAGCUCCCUGCUGUUCGAGUACCUGCCCAAGGGCACCCACUCCCUCUCGCUGAACGAGUUCACGGUCAUCAGGAAGAAGUUCAAGUGCCCGUACUGCAGCUUCUCGGCCAUGCACCAGUGCAUCCUGAAGAGGCACAUGCGCUCCCACACGGGCGAGCGGCCAUAUCCGUGCGAGAUCUGCGGCAAGAAGUUCACGCGGCGCGAGCACAUGAAGCGGCACACGCUGGUACACAGCAAAGACAAGAAGUACGUGUGCAAGGUGUGCAACCGUGUGUUUAUGUCAGCGGCCAGCGUGGGCAUUAAGCACGGCUCUCGGCGCCAUGGUGUGUGUGCUGACUGUGUGGGCCGCGGCAUGGCAGGACCCCUGGACCACGGUGGUGGUGGGGAGGGCUCCCCGGAAGCACUAUUCCCAGGUGAUGGGCCCUAUCUGGAGGACCCCGAUGACCCCCGUGGGGAGGGCGAGGAAGAGCUGGAUGAGGACGGGGGCCUGGCCCCCGAGGAUGCACUGCUUGGGGAUGACAAGGACGAUGAGGACUCGCCGCCGGGGCCCCACAGCCCCUCCGGGGAGCCUGACGAGGACUUGGCCUGGGUCUCCUAGGCCGGGUGGUGAGGGCAUGGUGGCCACCUCAUCGUGUGCCCAUGGGCCUCCCAGCCCUGAGCAUCUCCAUGGGGGCGGCCCGUCUCCCAGCACUCCUGAAGCCCACCCCCCCACCUACCCCGAGACACACACACAGACAGGAGCCGGCCACUCAGAAGACAGGCCUGGGUGGGGGUGGGGGUGGGGGUGU